GUUGUUUUGUAUCAAGAAAGAAAAUGCAAUGGCCGCCAUCUUCAACUCUAGUGAAUGUUUUGGUCGUAGUUUCGGACUUUGAGGCCUAUUUCGAUUGUGCUAUGCAAUUAUUUGAUGGAAAUAGUUUCGCUAAGUAGUAGGUGAUAUUAAUCCUUUUGCACACAGUCACAUGAAAUAAACUUGGAGGCCGAGGUGCUCUCCAAAGCGUCAUCUCGGGUUUGACCCAAGAUGAUAGUAUUUACGGUAUGUCAUCUACAUCAGAAUAUGAAUCUGCGGCCCGGCAAGAUUACGGGCCGACCACCUCCAGUGAAAAUGUGUUUGAUCAUGUAUUGGAACACAAAUUAACAGAUAAUAUGAAUGUACCAAGUGUACGCACUCCUGUCUUGAGGGCUGUGCCCUUAUCUCCUACAGAGGGCGAUCCCGAGCCAGACUCUACUAACCUUGAAAGUAUCAUUCACUCCGUUCAUAAUAAAGUAGACAAGGAAGUUGAGUUUCAUAUUGCAGAAAAGAGAUGUGACACAGAUAUGUCUGUUGAUUCUCUCCCAGGAAUAAUCAGGAUAGAGGAGCCUACCAUAGACAAUGCAGGCCAUAUUGCUUAUCCUAUAAUACAAGAAACAGAUGAUUCAAAUGAUGGUAAUUAUAUAGAGAACUCUGCAACUCUGAUACAAGCUCCAUUGAAUACGGCAAUAGUUCAAAAUGUUACGAAGUUGCCCCAAAACUUCACUAUCAAUGUUGAUGCAGCUGUGGGUAAUAUAACAGCUAUUCAAAAUGUAUCACAAGAUGUAUCUGGCAACCAAACAUUGUGGUUGCCAGCCGUCCUUGCAAGUAGUGCAACCACAGAUAAUAAAAGUGAAGAUGAACAGGCUCAAGGAGUUUCACAAAUAAUAAUCACUAGUGAAAGCUAUGUAAAUGACACCAAUCAGUCCAAAAGAGCUAACAUUGUCACAGAAACCAGUUAUAGACCUAAGACUUCUAAAGUUCAGAUACUAAGCAACAUAUCCAUACCGAAAAAUCCUACUUAUUCACAACAAUACAUCACACAGGGUAAAGAGAUAGCACCUGUGUAUGGCACGCAGAACCAUUUCUACAAAUGGAACACUAAUGUGGUUUCACAGAAACAUGUAAAUAAUUCUGUGCUUUGUACUAAACCCUCAAAAAGUCAAUCUUUGAUUGGUUGCUCUCUUUCGCCUAAUGUUAUAAGCAACAGCCCCAUUAAAAAUGUAUCUUACAGUCACACAUUCACAAAGAGCACAAACUUAAAUAAAACUUUGAAUAAAGUAAACAAUGGUGCUAACUUAAAUGCUAUGGUUGCUGCAUCAUCAGGUAACACCCAGUGCCAUAUUCUAUCCCGGGUCGUCUCUGGACCCAACAAAAUGUCAGUACACUCUGGAAGGAAAUCUGUUAACACAUUUAAAGGAUCCAAGAAUUCUAGCCAAGUCUCUGGACAGAAGAACCAGUCUAGGGCUAUAAAGAUAAUUCAGCAAACAGGGUCAACUAACAAAGUAGAUACUAAAGCUGGUGCUACUUACAAAAGCCAGCCACAGCAAACUACUUACAGCACCCUGGAUACCAAUACUUCUAAAGUUAUACAAAAGGUAGGAAGUCCACCACAUAAACCAAGUAUUCAACAUCAAAUGAAGUUUCCUCAGAAAGGCGAGCGCUUAGUGUUACAGUCUCCAUGUGGCCCAGUGUUAAUCUCAACGGCUCCAAUAAGUACUAGUCUGCCAAAAGGUCCUCAUUAUGUUCAAUCGGGGUCUACUCCUAACUUGCGCUAUGUGCAGACCUAUGGAACGGCGGACAAUCAGCUCUCUACUGUUUCACAAGUGUCUGCUAACCAGCAGUUGACUGCACAAAUACUGCAGUCUUUAUCACAACCAAAACUAAUGCUGCAUCCUAGUCCAGCACCCAUUGUAGCCACUGUGGCACCUCCAAUAAAUAUAGAAGAGAUCAUUGCAGUCAAACCAAACAACCAGAAAAGAAUUGUUUUUGGCGACAAGUCGACACUACAAACAGCAGAUGAUAUAAUUGGUAUGGAAGAGAGACCUAAUCUCACAGAAGAAUUCCGUCGGUAUUCUUUCCAGGCGCUCGCUUUCGUGAUGCUAGAUCAUACAUACUCAUUACCCGCGCAGAAACAGCCUUCACCUUCUCCUCCUGCUAUAACUACAAUUGUGUCAACUUUAUCACCGACGUCUAUUGCUUCACCUACUCCUACAACACCAGUCAGCCCCAUGAAGAGAACUUCUCCUGUCAUUAUGUCAACAGCGUCGUAUGAACUGCCAAUAACGGUGCCAACCAGUGUUAUCGGCACUCCCAUUCCUGUCUCUACCAUUCAGAUGGGAGCUUUGACUUACAAUCCGCACCCACUGCCGCCUCCUCCGCCGGAAGAUGACGCAGCUUCUGUUAUCUCGUCCUUGGACGGGGAUAGAACACAAACAAAUAGAGGCGGCAGCGACACAGAAACUGCACCCGAAGGCGAAGAAGAAGGCAAAACUCGGUGCAUUUGUGAUUUUACUCAUGAUGAUGGUUACAUGAUAUGCUGUGAUCGUUGUGGGGAAUGGCAGCAUGUCGACUGCAUGGGUAUUGACAGGAAUAAUAUACCUGACACUUACAUGUGUGAACUCUGCUUGCCGCGGCCUAUUGACAGACGUCACGCCCGAUCUAUUCAGUUACGGAAGAGAGAGGAACUUCAUGCCUUGGGGGCGUCAGAUUCAGACUCUUCAGAAACUGCCCACCCUCCAGGACAAAGAAGGAAGCGUUUGUUGACUGUUACAACUUAUACUAAUACAAGUGGUUCGUUUGUAACGACAUAUAAUUCCAGUUCCGUACCCGUUAUCCCGCCUCUGCCGCCCCAGCCACCGCCCCAACCCUUGCCGCCCAAGCGAGGUCCUAAACGACCCAAGAAAACCGAAGUCGUAAGAAAAGGAGCUAAGAGAAAGUUGACAGAAAAAAGAGUCAAACGAAAGAAGGAAAUGAUGUUGAACAGAAGCAAAUACAAUUCCAAUGUAUCAAAUCAGUCACAUUGGCAAGAGUCUUAUGAACUGGCUAUGACAAACCAUUACAGCCCAGAACUGCGAGCUAAGAUUAUGAAAUAUAGCAACAAAUUGGGCAGCUCGCCGAUCAUGGCAUCAGCCAUAACAGCGCAUUUAUGUACGACCGUACCACAUGCCGGUGGUACAAUUCUAAUUGCUAUAAAAGAGCUGAAGGAGAAUACCCCUAUCAUAGAACUUAGAGGCAAAUAUAUGCUUUCCAAUCAGCAUAGACCUCAAUUGCAGACUUCUGCGCGGGCUGGAAGCCAAAAGCCAGGCCCCUUCGUAUUCUUCUAUAGACUGCCGAAAGAUAACACGCAGAUCUGUAUCGACACACGGACUUAUGGCAAUGAAGCACGGUUCGUUCGGAGAUCGUGCAAACCCAACGCUGAACUCCAACACUGCAUUGUCAAAGGCACUCUGCACGUUUAUCUAGUUACGAUUGGAGUAAUUCAGUCUGACACAGAAAUUACUGUUGGCCAUGACUCUGAUGGCAGCAAACAGCCUUGUGCUUGUGGAAAUCCAAAACAUUGUAAAGUUAAUGGUUUAAAUUAUGAUACGAAAGUUUCAAGAAAGAGUGUGGAUUAUCCCCCAAGAGAGAAGAGAAGCAGGAACAGAUGUUUCAGCAGUUCCUCUCCAAUGUCACCACCUCCAGAGCCACCACUUACUCCCGUCAAAGAAUAUCCACAGAAUUUGCCAAUUAAAACUGAGAAGAAAUCUCCUAUAAAACAGGAUUUCUCUCCAAUGUCACCUGUUAAAGAACCUAUACCGUACAGUUACGACAGAAUUCACUUGCCAGAAGUAAAAUCAGAAAUUGAUCUGCUCUCUAAAGAGGAAUUAAAACCAGAGAUAGAUGAACCAGAUUUCUUUAAAACAGAAACUUGUGUAGAAGAAAGGAAACCUGAAAUUAGUGAAGAUAUGGAGACGAAACCUGUAAAAGAGGAUAUAGUGACGCCAGAGCCGGUAGUAGAAGAACCAAAAGUUAAUGACCAUGAGCCUGUUUUGAAAACUGACGAAGUUCUAUCUGAUGAAGAGAAAUCAGAAAUAGUGGAAAAGGAUGAGGAAAAAGUAGUUAAAGAAGAGCCUAAAGAAGAAGUUAAGGUGGAAACUAAGGUAGAAGAUGAAAGGCCGGUCACGCGCGAAUUUACUGCAAAGUCCGCGUGUCACGAUAGAUCAUCGCGGUCUAGUAGGACCACAUGCGUUAACCAAGACUCUUUAGACGACAAAACUGAUGAUUCGCAAGACAAAAUUCAGACUGCUGCUAACAAAGAAAAAGAGAAGAGAAAGAUGACCCGGGAAGAGCGCAAAAUGGAGGCUAUAAUGAAAGCGUUCGAAAGGAUGGAGAAAGCUGAGCAGCGGAAACAAGAGGUUAAAGAACGGCAAAAAAGGAGGGAGUCUGAUCCACAUCCUAACGCUCCCGAUAAAGAAGACGAGGAGGAAAUACAGAACUCUACUAAGAAGAGAAGAAAACGCAAGGGCCGCGCGCGGACGACUUCUCAGUCGACGUUGAGCGGCCGCCGGCGGCUGAACUCUGCUGAUAGUGACAUGCACACCUCCGGGGACGAGGCCCCGCGCACACCGCCCCGCACGAGGCCGCCUCGUCGGCACAGCGCCUUACAACCCAUCACGUCCACUGUGGCGACCACUCCCAUUGUAACAACCCCGGUUGAUCAGAUACCACGGCCCCCGCAAGAGGAUCUUGGCUUGAGUUCAGCAUGUCUAUUAGUUGAAGCAGCCGUUGGUUCAGUGGAAUCUACAUUUAAACUCCCUAAAACCAAGAAGACUAUGGCCACAGAAUGGAUAGGCCGCUCUCCCGAAAGGACGCCAUCUCCUUACCGAUCCCCAUACAGACCUUCUUUAGUCUCGGCUCCUUCAUUAGAGAGCUUAGUCCAAGUAGCCUCGACAAUGAUCGGUGAUCUUAGUGGGGGACAAGAUAUAGAUGAAGAAAAUGCUCGUUUGUCACCUCCUAGGACCCCGGGGAGAGACAGAAACAAACCGCCUAAGAAAGCUAAGAGAAUCACAAGGAGUACACCACCCACUGAAGUAGUAGAGGUCGUUCCUACAGUAGUGCCUCAACAUAGUGCCAAGAAGAGAUGGCUUCGACAGGCCAUUAGUGAAGAAAGUGAUUCACCGUCUGCUGAUGUGUUUGUUUCAGAAUCGCCACCAAACGAAAUGAUAACACCUUUGAAAAAGCGAAGGUUAGCGAGAGAGUCGUUAUCGUGUGAACAGAACACUAUUGUGCCUUGCAUCGACGAAUCAUCGCCGGUGCUUACAUCGGAGGAGUCCCCAGUUAAAGACGAUUCACAUGCGUCUGCUAGACAGUUUAAAGUUAGAAAUAUAAUGGACAGUAUAUACGGCAGGGACCGGACCAGGUCUGACAGCGGACAAGGCUCUGAUGACCAGUGCAAUAUGGACAAUGAUCUUAACGUUAACAUAGUGCCACAUGACAGUGAAAACAUUAGGAGGAUAAUCGGCGUGCCACCUAAUGCAGACUACAAGAUAUCGCCGCCUGUAAUCACUAAACCGGAAGAUAUCAAAACAAAUAACAAUAACGUCGAAAUUGAGGAUACAAACUACAAUAAAGUGGUCCCAAUGGAAAUUGACACUACGAUCUCAUCACAACCCAAACUUGAAUCUAACGAAAACAGCAAUAGUGAAAUCAAAGGUAUAGAAAGCCCAAAUGACAAGCUGAAUAGUUGUCAGUCUGCAGACACGAGCGGAAACUCCUCGCCGCAACGUGACGAAAUGGACGAUAUACAGAAAAAGAUCCACUCAUUCCACACAGAAAAUAUCCUGAUACUCAAAAGCAGAAAUAAAAAGCCAAAAGAAAAACGGAAGAAGGUAAAUUUAAACUUCGAUCUCAACAUGGUGGAUGACCAAAUCAGUAUUCAAUUGAGGACAGAGGAAGAAAACAAUAGCUCGAAGUCGCCAGAAAUCAAUGGAGAUAUUCACGACGACAUGAGCAACUCUGUGCACGACGAGAAGAUUCACGUGUCGCCAGAGAAUAUACCUUUGCCUCCAGUGGAGUCUAUACCUUUACCGGCGCCGGAGAAUAUUCCUUUGCCAGAGGAACCAAAUCCUAUAUCUAUGAUUCCGCCUCCAGAAGCGAUCCCGCUUCCCGAGGCGAUCCCUCUUCCUGAGGAGCCAAUGAAGCCUGCGAAGCCAGUGCGGGCGGAGUCUCCGGCCGAGGAGAAGAGCUACGAGGUCGCCGACCGACCGUCAGUGCUCGACAAAUCGUUACCGUUCUCGUCGCGUUUCAGUUCGACCGGUCUAUUUUCGGGUAUCUUCAGCAAUAUGACACAGACAUUUAACUUCGAAGAUCAGAACGUGCCGAACAUGUCGAUAAUAAAGAGUGCGAUAGACAAGACGACGAAUUUAGACAGUAGUAUAUUCGAUAAUAAGGACAGUACGCGGGACGAGUUUAAGAACGUGCACGAGAUAUUGAACCGUGUGAACAGUAUGGACUCUAACAACAGUGUGAUAUUGUCUGGCGUGUUGCGGAGCAGCCGGUCGUCGCCGGCGCCGCCGCCCGCCGGCAGCAAGGCCAGCGCCGCGCCACGCGACCCCCGCCUGCAGCCGCCGCCGCAGGACAAACCCAAGCCGGUGCGCAGGAAGCUCUCUAUCAGCGAAUACCGCAAGCGUCUCAAAGGCGGCAGUGGCCACGACGACAGCACUCGGGACUCGCUCGACGGGGCGGAGGCCGAUCAAGGCGCGGCGGAGGCCGAGGUCGGGUCCGAGUGGUCGUCGGAGUCCUCGGGCGCCGCCUCGCUGUCCCCGCAUCGGCUGGACGCAGCCGCGGCCCAGGCUGCCGAUGAGUUGGAACAGAGACUGCACAGGGAACUCACUGCCGAACAUGACCUCAGAGGUGUAUUCGACGCGCAGCCGACCGCAUCUGAGCGUCAAAGGGAAAACCUGAGCUCUCGUCUCCGAAGGGAGUUCGGGCUGGCGCUGCCCGACGACGAGGAGGCGCGUCCGCCCACCGACCAGCCCGAUGUGGCGAUCGCGGGCAAGCGCACGGACAGGUAGGGCGCCAGACAAAUCGUAUUUUUGUAAAAACAAUCUCAAGCCGUCGCCGAGGCCCGGCCAUGUAUUAUAGAAUAACGUAAUUAUUAAUGUAACUUUUUUAUGGACUCGUGUUAGAGACAUUUGUAUAUUUCCGUUUUAUCUUCUGUUUUAUUUUCACGGUUUUCUGCAAGUACAAAUUGUUUUUAUUUCCCCUUGUACAUAUUGUAUAUAGGAGAUUAAGAUAGCGGUAGGCUACCUACUCGGUAUGUAUGUAUAAAGGUAAUAAAAAAGAUUUUUUAUAUAUGUACAAUGUUUAUGUAUCUUAUUGAUAUAUUUAUUUAUUAUGGAUCUAUCGAUAGAGCGCCUAACAAGCGCUGAAUAGGAUUUUUGUACGCAUAAUGUUUAAGUAAAUUAUAGUUGUUUUUAUUAUUUGUUUUACUUUUUUAGCGUAUAUAGAGUCUGGGGCGUCGUCCCCGGAGCGUAGGUCUGUUAGUGUUAGUCGUUUCUCAUGUGUAGACAUGUUUCGGUACAGAAGCGCGUUAGCCAUGUUAGAGGUUAAAUCUGUGUUAUAAUUUAAGAGAAGGCAUGUCCCGUGUCCGCCUUUAGAUCGAGGGACGAGCUGUCGUAAGGACUCUUGUUGUCCGUCUCCAUCACAAAACCUUGGCAGCUGCGUCGAGGGCCGAUUGCGUCUUCAUUGUAAAUUAUUGCGCCGCUUUCGGCCCACUGCCUGUAAAUGUCUGGACUGUGUCAUAUUUGUCGAGUGUGUGGUCGUAAUGAGCUAGUUUAAUUCGUCAAUCCGCGCCCCUUCACCGCCAGAUUUGUUUCUAAUAUGCUUUGCAUUAUUAGUCAUGUGAAUUCAUUUAAAAAAAUAUAAACUGUAUUAUACUUAGUCUUUAAACACCACAAUGAAAUUCAAUACCUUUGAUUAAUAAAUUAAUUAUAUCAAUUUUAAUAUGAGGCAUACUUAGAAACAUUCCUGUAUUGGUGACAACGAAUCGAUGUUGUAGACCCCAGCUAGGGGUACGUAGUCGCGCCCGAAGCCCAGUGGCAAAUACAGACACUUGCAAAAUAUUCUGUUUGUUAUUAUAUAAGUAGGAAAACCCCGCGAUUGGCGUGGAAAACGAACAGCAUACGGGGCCUUAUUAAUGUUUAAUCGUCCAGAUGAAAUGUCAAAAUGGUCUUUAUUUUUUACACCUCGAGAUACUUUUUUCCUUUUAGCUGUACGUUUUCUGCGCCGUCAAGGAAGUUGGAAUCGGAGGGUAGUUGAAUCCUUUCCCCAUUAGUCUUCAAAUGGUAGCUUUGUGAAAUUGUAACCUUGGAAAUGAAGAAAAUCAGAGAUUUUAGCAACAGUUAAAAAAAAAAAUUUGAAAAUUGUGCAUUUAAAUGAAAAUCCUUAUUUUAAAGCAAAAUAGUUGAAACUUUUGUAUUUAUUAAUAACCAAAAUUAAAGCUGGUAAACACAAUUUGAAAACACAAAAUCAUAUAUUUUUAUCUUUUGUUACAUUUUCAUUUUUAAGGUUGCAUGUAUAAGAGGCGCAGAAAUUAGCAGUGUAUUAGAUUUACACAAAAUGUUUGUAGUGAAACUACAUACAUUGUUUUUUGAUACCAGUGUGUAGCUUAAUAGUUGCUCAACGUUCCGUAUUUCGGAACUCUUACUGACAUGCUUUUCGCGGUUUGGGGAAGUAAUAGUAUUAGCGAAUUCUAAAUGUAUUGAAUGUAUUUUUUGAUUUUAAAUCAAGUUAUGAAUUGUAUUAGCAGGCACUAUUAAAACUUAAAUUGUUAGGAUUAGAUAGGCAGCGCCUUUUUUUUUACGUUAAUUUGCACACGUGAAGUGUGUCCUUCUGAUUGUAUGACAUGUUUUUGUAUCCUCAUAAAUCAAAACAAGCCGUCGACUGUAUUAUGAAAUCAAUUUUUACUGUUAAAUUAUUUUGUUAACGUCAAAAUUUGAAAAUUAUCUCUGUGCCGUCUGAUUUUUCUAUCCGUGUUUCUGAUUAACGACGUUAUCUGUUAAUCGAAUAUUAAAUUGUAACUAAAAUUCGAUCACUGUAGUGGAUACAAUUAGUGUUCUCAUACUUUUGCUUCCUAUUUCUUGUGAAAAGAUUAAAAUAGACAAAGCAUAAUUUAAUUUAUACUGAAAGAUUAAUUAUAGUCAACACGUUGCAAUAAUCGCCUAAAGGCAAGACUAGGUCAUAGAAAUCUAUAAACACAAGAUAUUUUAAUAGCAUUUUAUUUUAACUCUGGAUUUUAUUAUUUUUUAUACGUAUUGUAAAGGUAUUGCCGUUUUAUGGUUUUUGUUUGAAUAUAUUGAUUAUUGGUGACUACCCCAGCCAGUGUGGAGUGAUAACGUCAGUAGUGUUCUAUAAUGAAAUGUAAAUAUUUCGAUCUGGUUGUCAACUAGAAUUGUGAAUCGCUUAUUGUCUUCGUGUUAAAGUGCAUUUUGCUGUGAACAUUCUCGUUAUAUAUGGUACACUCAUCUUUAAUAACGAAUUACACAAAGGAAAGUACAUUUCAUCAUUUUUCUAUUGUAGUUAAUGUAUAUGUACCAACAUAGUUCACAGCGCAAUGUUCUCUAAUCAAUAAAUGUUCUGUAGAAAUUAGAAAAAUCUUUGUGAUAAAAUCUUGAUAAUAUCAUCCAGUAGAGAACGAUAUUUGUGUAUAUAUUAUAAUAAUUAAUGCAUAAGUAAAAGCUAUAUUUUGUUAUGGUGAACUAUAACGCACUCUGUAUCUCUUGUUUGCCAUAUAUGAACUUAGUUCCCCCUCUGUUCCUUGUGAUUGCACCCACCUCUGUCCCUUCUUCUUAUUCAUAAUUACGUGUUAGGCAUUCGACGUAACAAUGGAAUAUUUUGCAAUAUUAAUAUAAUUUUAUUGCUAAGUGGUUCAUAAAUUACUAGAACUGUAUAUUAUUCAGAUGUUAAAUAUUAUUAUUUCUUCUUAAUGUUUGAACUAAGCAUGUAAAAUUUAAAAUAAUAAUAUAGAAUAAAAGAUGUUAUGAUAAUUAAUUACAUAAAA